AGGCCCUGUAUUUCUUCUGCAGCCCAUUGACUUUCAGUGGGUGAAGGGGAAGUUGUAGCUGCUUUUUGUUGCACAGUUCGUGGACACACCGACCGUCAUUAACCUCGACAGACAUGAAUUUCCUCAGGUCCCGCGUCUCCGUGGGAAAUCUUUUCGGUCAGAGGUUCCGAGGGAUGUGCAAUAAACUCGCAGAGACCAAGCCAGAGGCCUCAGCCGCAGCUCCAGCACAAGAACCCCGCCCCUUAUUCAAAACCCCCGGCUACAGACCCUCCGACUUGGACAAGAAGAUUUUAGUGUGGGCAGGCCGCUUCAAGUCCACGGAGCAGAUUCCAGAUACUGUGUCCUUUGAGACGAUUGACAACGCCAGGAACAAAAUCAGGGUGAAAGCUGCCUAUCUGAUGAUGGCGUUGACAAUAGGAGCCUGUGUGCUGAUGGUGGUCUUGGGCAAAAAGGCUGCUGGGAGAAACGAGUCCCUGACCGUAUACAACUUGGAGAAGAAAGCCAAAUGGAGGGAGGAACUUGAUAAAGAAAAGUAAUGGAGGACAACUCUGCCGAACAGCCGUAAUACAGUCGCAACCAGAUAUUUACUUACAAAAUAUAUCUAAAUAUGAAAACGAGCACCCUAUUCUCUGUUUGGACAACAUCUGUAAUCACCAUUGUCAUUGCUGUAUCGAUGUGCUGCAGUGGCAAAGGAACGCUUGAUUGAACAUUUUCAGUAGAA